UACAACACUCAACUUGCCGCACGCUGAAUGGCGCUUGAACCUAACACUAAAAGAGGAAGCAAAUAUCAGUUGAGCAGACAACAUUUGGAGCGCAAAAAUGGCAAAUGUGCGCUGUUUGCAAAAAGUUAUACGCAUACAAAAGUUUGUGCUCCCGCUAAAUGCUCAGGGCUGCUGGCUGGCCACCACAUGCACCACCGGAACAGCGGCAACUUUUCACACAUUGCAGCUGCAGCUGCAGCAGCAGGAGCAUUCAAAAUUGAAGCCCGCCUCCAGUUUGAGACGCAGCUAUGCCAAAGACAGCGACAAGCUUGACGAGUUUCGGGCGCGCGAAGAGCAACGCGAACGGGAACGCGAUGCAGCCGAGCAGAAGCCGGGCAAAUGCACACCGCCAGGUGCGGAUGGAGGCACCACGGGCGCAGGCGGCGAGCAGGGCAAACAGAGCGCAGAGCAGGCGGCCAAGCAGGCCAAAGUCGAUGGCAUACGCAGCCGCAUAUUAGAUGCGGCAAUGCUGCAUGUGCCACAGCACGGCUGGAGCAAGCAGGCGAUUGUUCAGGGCGCCGAGGAGUGCGGCUUUCCCAGCGUUGUCCAUGGCAUGUUUCCCGAGGGCGGCUUUGCGCUCGUCUCGCACUUCAAUGGGAAGUGCAAUGCAGAGCUGGUGCAGUGCCUGCAAAAGCAGACAGACAACGGACAGAAGGAGGUGAGCGAUCCGCUUGAUUUUCUCGUUCAGGCCGUGCGCCAACGUCUGGAAAUGAUUGAGCCAUACAAGAGCCAGUGGCCGCAGGCCAUGGCAUUGAUUGCCCAGCCGCAGAAUGCAUCCACAGCGCUGGCGCAGGUGCUGACGCUGGUCGAUGACAUCUGCUACUAUUCCGGUGAUCGUUCCGUCGACUUUGGCUGGUAUACGCGACGCAUUGGCUUGGCCACAAUCAUGAAAAUGACAGAGCUUUACAUGCUGCAGGACUCAUCGGCAGGCCAUGCACAGACUUGGGAGUUCCUCAAGAACCGCAUGGACGAGGCCGUCCAGCUGCAGAUGGCCCUGGCCCAGACCGAGGGCAUGACGCACACAUUUCAACGUUCCUUCAACUCGGCUUUCAUAACGGCGCGAAACAUACUCGGAUUGGGCUAUGGCCGCCAUUAGAUAACGCCUAAAAACCAGCGAAAGUCCAAAGAACCGGAGAGUGUUGUAUAAAAAGAAAUAUAUAUAUACAAAGAUUUAUGCCUAUAAACCGUCAUAAUAUACCUGAUCUAUGUAUACUUUUAGAUUGUUGUUCCAGCGGGUCGAUAUUUCGUAUUGCUAGCUGCGUUUAUGCCGAGUUCCAAUCGUGAUUAGACUAGAGAAUGGAGAGGAUUUGGCUUGUGCUCCAGUAGCUUAUAUUACCAGGCUUUGCGUGAACCAAGUAUAUUUCCUUAAAAUUUCUAAUUUAUAAAACUAAUAAUGGUUCUAUAAAUCGAUAAAAGAGGUCUCAAAAUAGUUUUCUAUCCAUUUAUUAGCAAAGGUCUUAUAUGAAUUUUACAUAAUUAUAUACAAAUUUCUCAUCACGUUAUUACACGGCUUAAACGCAGCUAUUUAUUAUAAUUGGAAUGUAAGAGCUCUAUCACUUGUACAGAUAUUAAAUCCAGCUAAACUAAAUUAGUGUACUUAUGAUGGGAUGAAGGAACUGGAUAUGAGGGGUUGGGUGCCAUAUUUGUGUAAUCUAAAUAUAAUUUUCUUCAUUAAACUUGUUAAAAAGGCCUCAAAUAUGGGAGUCGAUAAAAUGA